CUAGUCCAAAAGUGGAAUCCCAAUCACUGAUUAACGCCUAAUCGAGCGAGAUUAGUAGUGUGGUGGUACAAUUUCGAUUUAGAAAAUAUUCGACCCCCCGUCUUUGUAAGGCUCUUGAUCACCGGAAAAAUCAUCCACAGCCGCACCGGCGAUCUUCGCAGAUUAAGCUUUCGUUCUCAUUCGAUUCUAUUCCCUCUUAAAUUACACACGGCCGAAACAAAAAAGGAAAGGGCAAACAAAGCGGUGGACUGAUUUACAAUAAAAGGAAAAUAGAGUGCUCGCAUCUCAUAAAUGUGGUAUCGAUCCGCUUCUUUCAUUCUCGACCAACAACAAAACGACGGCGUUGCCAAGCCUGAGAGCCGUCUCCUCUCUCCAACUGCCCCCCCGCUGUCUAUGGCAGAAACCCCACAGCAAAUCCCUAAAAUUUCUGCUUAUUAUCAGACGCGAGCGGCUCAUCACGGCGUCGUUACCAGCGACUGGCUCGCACAAGCUCAAGCUGCCGUUGGCCGCCAAGCCGACGAAGCCGUUUCUGACGACUCUUUGUCUUUGAAGUCGGGCGAGUCGCCCAAGGCCUUUAGCGUGAUUGAUGAGUUCAAUAAUUGGCGGAAACAGCCUGAAUUGGCUGAGGCUGUGGCGGCCAUUAGGGCCUUGGCGUCCGUUAUUCGGUCCAGCGAGGCGAAUACUAUGAUGGAGCUGGAAAUUGAGCUCAAGAAAGCCUCUGAUUCCCUCAAAUCAUGGGAUACAACCUCGAUAUCUCUGACAGCUGGCUGUGAUCUGUUCAUGCGGUAUGUGACAAGAACUUCAGCUCUGGAGUAUGAGGAUUUCAAUUCAGCUAAGUCUCGCCUUCUUGAACGUGCAGAGAAGUUUGGAGAGAUUUCUUACAAGGCUAGGAGAAUAAUUGCGAUGCUUAGUCAGGAUUUCAUUUUUGAUGGUUGUACUAUAUUGGUGCAUGGCUUUUCCCGUGUGGUGUUGGAAGUCUUGAGAACGGCUGCACAAAACAGGAAACUGUUUCGCAUUUUCUGCACAGAGGGAAGGCCAGAUAGAACUGGGUUGCGAUUGUCCAAUGAGCUAGCCAAGCUUGACGUUCCCGUGAAGCUAUUGAUAGACUCUGCUGUGGCAUAUAGCAUGGAUGAAGUUGACAUGGUUUUUGUUGGAGCAGAUGGAGUUGUUGAGAGUGGAGGAAUAAUUAACAUGAUGGGGACAUACCAAAUUGCAUUGGUUGCUAAGAGCAUGAGUAAACCAGUUUAUGUUGCUGCUGAAAGCUACAAGUUUGCUCGUCUUUAUCCGCUGGAUCAAAAGGACAUGGUUCCUGCUUUACGUCCUAUUGAUUUUGGAGUACCCAUACCUUCCAAGGUUGAAGUCGAAACAUCUGCCCGAGACUAUACGCCACCUCAGUAUCUGACCUUACUUUUCACUGAUUUGGGUGUCUUAACACCCUCUGUAGUCAGUGAUGAACUCAUCCAACUAUACUUGUAACCAUGUUUUGGGAUAUUUUUGUUAAGGUAUUACACUUGUGGAUUUGGUUCGUUUCUCUUUCUUUUCCAUGAAACUCAUAAAUGCUUUUAAUGGGCAUGGGCAUUUUGGCUGAGUUUUGUACCAAAUGUGCGUUGCUCGAAUGGUUUUUGUGGGAUACGAGGUGGUAUAUGCCGCAGGGACAUGGUUAUUUUCAUGAUUUGGAACACCUGGGAUAUAGAAUUUCAGAGCCAA